AUGUGUCCUAGGAAGAGAGAAUUGCAAUUUGAAUUAGUAAAUAAGCUGAUCGAGAUUAGGUUCAAUAUUAUGCGAAGGCUUUACUUAACUGACAGACGUUUACGUGUGAUGUUAUGGUGUAUCCUGUUGGGUCUACAACCAGCUUUCGGCGGUAUCUUGGAUCCAUUUAAUUGGGCACGUUCUGAUAGAAUAGAAGUUAAUAUACCAUGGCUGCCAUUUGAGAACGAAACAAGGUGUUACGAUGAAUUAGGAUGUUUGAACAUUACGCGCAGUUGGUACCAUCUAAUACAUCGACCGUUCAAUGUUUUUCCAUUGCCUAGAGUCGUCAUUAACACAAGAUUCAUCUUAUACACGAAGAAGAAUCCAACAGACGGCCAAAUAUUAAACGUCAACGCUAACAAAACUAUCAUAAAAUCAAAUUUCAGUCCAAAACGUCUCACUAAAAUGAUAAUACACGGGUUCAUUGACACGCCGUUGUCUAACUGGGUUAGCGAGAUGAAAGACGAAUUGGUGAAAGCUGACGAUUUUAACGUGGUUAUUGUCGACUGGGCGGGUGGCAGCCUGCCGCUUUACACUCAAGCCACAGCGAAUACUAGACUAGUUGGUCUCGAAGUGGCCCACUUCGUAAACACACUACAGAAAGACCACGGGUUAAACCCUUUGGACGUUCACAUAAUAGGUCAUUCGUUAGGAGCUCAUACAGCAGGAUAUGCAGGAGAGAGAAUAAAGGACUUAGGAAGAAUUACUGGUCUAGAUCCGGCAGAACCUUAUUUUCAAGGAAUGCCUACACAUGUUAGAUUGGACCCGACGGACGCGCAACUGGUCGAUGUUAUACAUACAGAUGGGAAAAGCAUUUUCUUAUUAGAUUUUGUAUUUAUGGCAGGGUAUGGGAUGUCUCAACCUGUUGGACAUUUGGAUUUCUACCCAAAUAAUGGAAAGGAACAACCGGGUUGUGAUUUAACAGAAGGCCCCUUGAUACCGUUGACUUUAGUCAAGCAAGGCUUGGAAGAAGCCUCUAGAGUUCUAGUUGCCUGCAAUCACGUGCGAGCUAUUAAACUUUUUACAGAGUCAAUUAAUGGAAAAUGUCCUUAUAUAGGCCACCAAUGCCCCUCAUAUCAACAUUUUAUAUCUGGUAAAUGUUUCCACUGUGGCCACGGUUGCGCCAUCAUGGGAUUCCAUGCAGAUAGUUCUCCUGGUCUUAUAACAAAUAAAAACAAUCAAACGGAAAAUGAAGUGUAUCCUUCAGAAGAACAAGAUACUAUUGGAGCUAAAUAUUUUUUAAAUACAGGGAAAGAACAACCUUUUUGUCAACGUCAUUACAAAGUAGUAAUUCAUUUGGCAAACCCAAAAGGAGCCGAGUCGUGGGUACAGGGCUUCUUAAAAGUAACCUUAUUAUCAGAUAGGGGAGUUAUAAGAGGAAUGGAUCUUACACCUAAUAAUUACGUCAAGUUGGAACAUGGGACUUCGUAUACAAUUGUGGUGACACAUCCUAUGGAUUUGGGCGGUAAAGUUAGAAAAGUGGAGUUAUCGUGGGAGUAUGAUAUGAAUGUACUGGAGCCGCGAUCGCUUUGCAUUUUAUGGUGUAACGACCGCCUUUACGUCAAGUCUGUUCUUGUCGAUCAAAUGGAACUGCCGAGCAGAGGGAAACGAAACGUCGACUUCAGUAGCAAGCUUUGCACGCCAAAGCGGGAAUUCGCCGAAAUACCAAACAGAGGCUCAGCAAGUUUCUACGACAACUGCAGCAGU